GUUUCAAACUCGACUUUUCAGAUUAAUUUUUGUUGGCUUGGCUUGUUUUGAUAAUUUCGUUACUUUGGGUUGUCAUAGUUUGAUUUGAAAUCUUUAAAUUUGGUUCUUUUUCUUUGGUUGCUGUGAAGAUUUUGAGGAUAAGAAACUAGUGGUGGUUGUUUCAGGUUUCUAGCUAGGCUUCUCAGGAAUUGAAUCUUUUUUAUCCACUCAAUUAAUAAUGUUGGUAAACAAAUGAUUCUCCUUUGCUGCAGUUUCAAAGAAAAAGAAGAGACUUUUAUUAAAGAUGUUUUCUUUAUCUUUCUGUUGAAGGGUGAAACACUCGUCUAUUUGUGAACUUUGGUCUAACCCGGUGCGACUCUCUCUGCUGGUCUGUUUAAUCUCGUUUAGAGUAUUUUCUUGUUCACAAGGAAAUCAGGGAAUGCUGAAAGAUGUGCUUGAAAGCUGAGAACCAUCUAUCUGAGGUUAAUGAAGUAGUAGCUUCAUUUGAGCUUCCCUUUUUUGUAUCCAAUGAUAAUCAACAUUUAACUUACAGUCAGGUGCGGUGUCAUGCUCUGAUGCCUUGUGUGGCUAGAAAUUUAAGGGAACAUAUCAUGUCAAAGCAUGAUGUUUGUGAAGAUGGUUGAGCUUUUAACAUCUUUAGGUCGGUUACACUUGCAUUUAUAGCCUAAAUCACGUAUAUAGCACUAGCUGUUAAGUUAGAUUCUAUUGUGUUUGAAAAAGAACUUCACUGAGAAUGGACAGAAAAGGGACUGUGUUGAUGCAGCGGUACGAAUUAGGGAGAUUAUUAGGCCAGGGAACCUUUGCCAAGGUGCACCAUGCGAGGAAUCUUACAACUGGUAUGAGUGUGGCCAUCAAGAUAAUUGACAAGGAGAAGGUGUUGAAGGUUGGGAUGAUUGAUCAGAUUAAGCGAGAAAUUUCUGUUAUGAGACUAGUAAGACAUCCGAAUGUGGUUGAGCUUUAUGAGGUAAUGGCCAGCAAGACAAAGAUUUACUUUGUUAUGGAAUAUGCUAAAGGAGGUGAACUCUUUAACAAGGUUGUAAAAGGAAAGUUGAAAGAGGAUGCUGCAAGAAGAUAUUUUCAACAGCUAAUCAGUGCAGUUGAUUUCUGCCAUAGUAGAGGUGCGUACCAUCGGGAUCUCAAACCAGAAAACUUGUUGUUGGAUGAGCACGGCAAUCUUAAGGUUACAGAUUUUGGAUUGAGUGCUCUUGCUGAAUCAAAGCGACAAGAUGGAUUGCUCCACACAACCUGUGGGACCCCUGCUUAUGUUGCUCCGGAAGUGAUCAACAGAAAAGGCUAUGAUGGGUGCAAAGCUGAUAUCUGGUCGUGUGGGGUUAUCUUAUAUGUUCUACUGGCUGGCUAUCUCCCAUUCCAUGAUUCAAAUCUGAUGGAAAUGUACAGGAAGAUUGGCAAAGGAGAGUUCAAGUUUCCUAACUGGUUCGGCCCUGAAGUACGCAAGUUGCUGUCAAAAAUUUUGGAUCCAAAUCCAAGUACCAGGAUAUCCUUGGCCAAGAUAAUGGAGAAUCCCUGGUUCCGAACGGGGUUGGACCCCAAACCCAAACUUGUUGAUGCUGAAGUUAAAGAACCAGCUGCAUUAGAUGCGGAUACCGUAUUUAAUUUGAAUGAGAGUACUGCUACUGUUGUCGAGAAGAAGCAAGAGUUGCCAAAGCCUUGCAACUUGAAUGCCUUUGAUAUCAUAUCCUUCUCUGCAGGUUUUGACUUGUCUGGUUUAUUUGAGGAAAGAGAACAAAAGAAAGAAAUCCGAUUUACAUCAAACAAAGCUGCAUCAACCAUCAUUUCCAAACUGGAAGACAUUGCUAAGAGUCUAAAGCUGAAAAUAACGAAGAAAGAUGGAGGGCUGUUGAAAAUAGAAGGCUCCAAAGAAGGCAAAAAGGGUGUUCUAGGCAUUGAUGCUGAAAUCUUUGAAAUUACUCCACUCUUCCAUCUGGUUGAGGUAAAGAAGAGCAAUGGAGAUACAUUCGAGUAUCAAAAAGUAAUGAAGCAAGACAUAAGACCAGCUCUGAGUGACAUCGUUUGGACUUGGCAAGGCGAGCAGCAGCUGCAACAACCACCCCCUGAGCAUCAAGAGCUGCAGCCAUCUCCUGUCCUACAACCAGUUCAUGUUGUUUCAACUCACAGCUCAUAAUGUUCACUAUGUUAAAUCACUUGGGUGUCGUGAAAUUAUUAUCCUUAAUAUUAAUAUAAUUAGCUGUGUUUGUAUUGGUUCU